AAUCCAAACACUUCAGCCAAACAGCGACAUGCGGGCCAAAUAGCGACCCGCAUGUCAGGCCAACCUCUUUUUCUAGAUCUCGGCUUGCUGCGCUCUGCCGCAGCUGGUCAAGCGGUCGGAAUGUAUGAGAUUGGGGAGAGCGUUUUUGGUGUCCGAGUGAAGCUGAACACCUCCAAACACCUACUAACCAUGGACCACAUUUGGUCUGAUCAUGAUGACUUCAAGGAAGUCCAGCAGCAAAGCACCCUGGCCACCACCACCACCACCACCAGCAGAUCAUCUCUCUGAUUGUCCAUGCCAGCAGCGUACAGCACCGCAUGCACUCAUUCCCCCGAUCCAGUUGGCUGAAAUGGUGGCAAGGGCAAUCCUGGUUCCAGCAGAGAGCAAUCACACAC